AUGGACACAUGUGCCUCUGCAAAGGUUCCUAUGGGUUUCGGACACAAGAUCUUCUCGGACCCAUCAAGUUUUGCUGUCAAUGAAAAGAAUUAUAGGGGAAUGAUUGGAUCGCUACUCUACCUAACAGUAAGUCGUCCAGACAUCAUGUUCUCUACAUGCCUGUGUGCCAAAUUUCAGGUUAAUCCAAAGAUGUCUCAUCUUUUGGCGGUUAAGCAAAUAUUCCGAUACCUCAAAGGUACAAAGAGUCUCGAAAUAUGGUAUCUAGCAAAUGAGAGUUUCCUCCUUCAAGCAUAUUCCGAUUCAAACUACGAUGGUCUUCAACUGGACAGAAAAAUCACCUCUGGUGGGUAUCAGUUUUUGGGUGGAAGAUUGGUUAGCUGGUCAUCUAAGAAACAGAAUUGCAUUGCUCUUUCAAUAGCUGAAGCGGAAUACAUUGCUGCUUCUAGUUUCACUUCUCAAGUUUUUGGAUGA